AUGGUCCCAGCUGUGGUUGCCGCUGAAGGGGACCACGAUCCAGGUUACGUCCUGCCGCUUCUCCUGGCACUGAGUUUUUUGGUGAUCGUGACAGUUACAUGGUGGCGCUGCACACGGCCGAAGCGGACUGCUGCGUUUGAAGAAAUGUGUGCAGCGCGUGCCAAAUUUCAAGGAAAAGCUUUCGACUCGAUGGCCCCACUCAGCUUAGAGCUCACUGGCGCCAUUGCAGCCUCUGUUAAGAUGGGCGUCAGCGCCUGCAGCGCUGCAACCGAAGUGCCAACGUGUGGUUCCUGCAGGUACCUGCUGGAAGUGGGUGAGGAUGGUUUAAUUUCAGGCCACGGCCGGCGCCCGCAAAGACAUGGCUUUGCGGAAGUGCGUGUCAGUGGCAAGCUGCGUAUGGAAACGCCGCAGCAGGGUGAUGUGCGAUGGAGAGAAGAAGGAGGGACAGCCUCCAACACUGAGGUGCGUGGCUGGAUCUUCUUCCAGGGCCUCCUGGUGCAAGUUGCAGCAGGCUUCUGCACCUCUGACGGGGAGACCGGUAUGUUCCAACUCCGUGGAUCGCUGCAGCAUCCACUCCUCACUGACACAGAAGAAACGCCUGAGGAUGCCUUCAAGGUGCUCUCAGUCUCCGAAGCAGCUGAGGCCCAGGGCAUACGAAGCCUUGCGUCUACCGCAGGGUCGGCAGCUGACAUAGAACAGGAUUUGGAGGCAUGUACAGACGCCAAAGAGGUCUCCAUUGAUGCAGCAAAGUCGUGA